UCCAACGUCCAAACCUAAUCUACAAGGCCAGAAGUUUUCAUUCACCCAGCUUUCCCUUUCAUUAUCCCUAUAUCAAUAGCUAGCGGCAAGAGCGUGGACUAGAUGUGGUGAUUGAAAAUGGUAUAAAGCCACUCAACUCGUGUCCCGUGGCGCAAUGUCGACGGCUUCCAUUAACGGCGGGUGCCUCACCUCCCUCUCUCCUUCCCAAUCUUCUCUCCGGAGAGCCACAUUACGUCCCUCUAUAUUUGCUAGGCUCAACUCUUCUCCUCUUUCUUCUUCUGUCCCUACCCUUAUCAGAAACGAGCCUGUUUUUGCUGCCUCUGCUCCCAUCAUCAAUCCUACUUGGAGAAAAGAAAUGGGAAGGAACUCGUACGAGGAGGCAAUUGAAGCCCUCAAGAAACUCCUCAAUGAGAAGGGAGAACUUAAACCCGCUGCGGCCGCCAGAGUACAGCAGAUAACAGCUGAGUUACAAACUGCCUCAUCUGACGGCAAACCCUUCAAUCCAAUUGAGAGGAUGAAAGAAGGCUUCGUUCACUUCAAGAAAGAGAAAUAUGACAAGAAUCCUGCAUUGUACAGUGAACUUGCCAAAGGCCAAAGCCCCAAGUUUAUGGUGUUUGCAUGCUCGGACUCCCGGGUUUGCCCAUCACACGUGCUGGAUUUUCAACCUGGGGAAGCUUUUGUGGUCCGUAAUGUUGCUAAUAUGGUUCCACCAUAUGAUAAGGUCAAAUACUCAGGGAUUGGUUCUGCGGUUGAAUAUGCGGUUUUGCACCUCAAGGUGGAGAACAUUGUGGUGAUUGGCCACAGUGCUUGUGGUGGAAUCAAGGGGCUUAUGACUUUUCCAUUUGAUGGGAAAUAUUCUACUGACUUCAUAGAAGAAUGGGUCAGUAUUGGUUUGCCUGCCAAGUCGAAGGUGCUAGCAGAACAUGGAGGUACAGAUUUGCCACAACUAUGCACACAUUGUGAAAAGGAAGCAGUGAAUGUAUCCCUUGGAAAUUUGCUGACCUAUCCAUUUGUGAGAGAUGGAUUGGUGAAGAAGACUCUUGCAUUGAAGGGUGGCUACUAUGAUUUCAUUUCAGGAAGUUUUGAGCUAUGGGGGCUUGAGUUCGGACUCUCUCCCUCUCUAUCUGUAUGAACAUAACAACCAUUAUCUGUGUGACCGAAUCUUUAUCCUCUCACCAUUCUCUCUUUCCCACCAGAUCAUCAUGUACUAUGUAAUUAUUAUAUGCCUAAAUGAGCUAUAAUUUGUAAUAAAUAUUAUGUGGAGAUCACUAGCUGCGGCUGCUUUUUUCUCUUA